GCAUCGUCCGUGACAACCCUCUCUCAUCUUUCCACCGAGGGCCAAGCAGCAAGGAUAAAAACACAGGGAGAUAAGAUGUCAGGAAUGAAUCAGGUGGUUGCAACAUGCUGGACUUGCCUUCUACUGUCCGCGUUUCUGUGUGAGCCGGUGCUAUCCAAGGGUGGUCGUGGAGGGUCCCGGGGCUCCUCUCGAGGCACCCACUCCCGCAGCUCCACAGCUGGGAGUUACCGGGGAGCAGGCUCCUAUGGUGGGACCCGCUCCCGCCUCAGGGCGGUAGGGCGGUCGUCCCCAGUGAGGGUGGCAAGCGCGGCAGCAGCAGGGGCAGCGGUGGCGUUAACGGCGGAUAAAUGGUACGCCUCUGCCUACCGGCGCAGCAAUGCCGACACCUCAGAAGAAGAGCUGGACUACUACAACAGGACCAAUUACUUUGACGCACAAAUGUCAGGCUCAACUCAAAAUGGAUCUUCUCUCUCUCAGCUGGUUUCUAUCAUUAUUGCAACAUUUUCGCCCAAAUAUGGACUCUUUGUGGACAGUAUACUGUAAAUGUUCAGCUAAUUUUUUAGAUUCCUGAUUCAGUCCGAGCUUCUGCUCUGGUUCUGACUGUCAUGUGCAGGACUGGCUUGACCUGCACUGGGAAGAACAGUUAUAAAGGUGCAAAACAGUGGGAGAAGAACAAUUUAAAAACAUCACUGUACUGUAUGUUAUUACACAUAUAUUCUAUACCAACAGACAAAUGUACAUUACCAGCACAGAAUUCAAUGUGAUAUUUCACCUCUGAAAGAGUGCGAGUGCCAAAUCUACAUCUACAUGUGUGUGUGACUGAAAGUGGGGCCAAACUGGAGAAUAAUUACUUACCCUCCCUAAAGCUUAAUUCCUAGAUUUCACUGAGAAUAUCAGAAAAAAACCCAAAAACCCUUAUAAAGAGUGUUACCAAACUGCAGACCGCCAAUCUCAAUUGUAUCAUAAAACUCUUUAUUUUCAUACAGAAAUAUGGACAAAGACUGCAAAGUGAGUAAACGUGAGGUAAAUCAUUUGUACACAUUAGCAGACUUGGGUCUAAAUAUAGAGCUUGGACUUGCCAGAGUUUAACACUUUAGUCAUAAAGUUUCUUAAAGCUGAAGCACCAAGUUUGCACAAUUAAAUUAAAACUAUGAGCAAUUUUAUUUUUAAAUCCUUCACUGGACAUUUGUUCUCAGAAAGGAAAACUGCCAUUUUAACUGUUUAAUUUUUAACUGUUUCAGAAAAACUUAACUUGGAUUUAAAGAUCAACGUACUGAGGUCGUCACUGUUGCAGCCAUAAAGACGAUUCUCUACAAUCAGACGAGGCAAAUGAGAGAAUUGUGCGCUGAAAAGCUAAACUCCAUUUUCCACAAUCACCUCAAAUCUCUGUGCAAUCCAUACCUUUUUAUAAUACCUGAAAUUUAGCCACGUCAUGUCCAAGAGGGACGGUAGAAAACAAACUGCUGCUCUCAGUUAUUCAUGUCCCUGCUGGGCUUUCCAUCGUCCCAGCAGACUUUUUUUUACCUGCAGUAGAUACUCAGGAGCAACAGACUGUUCCAUAUCAAUAAGUGCACUCUAUUACACUGUACAAUACUUGUGUACAUAAUGAAUUAAGAGUUUGUUAUUACUGUCCUUAUGCUAAUAAAUAUCC